AUGUCGUCUCGGCGAGCUAUUGCUGUUGACGAUACAGAUUCCAGGAUACAAUAUACUGGCUCAGGUUGGUUUCAAGACCCAGGACCUCAUGACAACGUGGGGAAUUAUGGACCAGCAUACAAGAGUACAUUGCAUGGAACUAUUUCAGACGGGAGCCUGUCCUUCAAUUUUGCUGGCACGCAAAUAAUUGUAUACGGUUUGAUUAAUGUCCACAACAAUUCGGGAGUCCUGGACCCUGGUUGGCAAUGUUUUGUCGACAAUAUCAACAUUGGCAACACAUCUACUUUCAUGGGCAUGGACAAUCACUGGCAGCUUUGCAGCCAAGAUGGACUGCUAGACGCACCACAUAUUCUUACUGUGAAUAUAACUGUCACAAACCAACAGACCUUCUGGUUUGACAAUAUUCAGUACGUUCCUUCAAGUUCGGUACCUCUGGACAAUGAGGCCAUCGUCUUGGAUCACCGUGAUCCUGAAUUAAAUUAUGGGUCUGGGUGGACUCCUUAUGCAGACGGGACUGCUGCAACUUUAACACAAAGUCCAACCACCACUUUUACAUAUUCCUUCAUUGGUGUAUCUCUAAGUUGGUUCUCACUCAUCCCAACAGAUUAUCCGCGUACCGCUACCUUGGCGAGAUACACUGUCGACAACUACGCCCCUGUUCAAUUUUCAUUGAACGGUCUUCCGACGGACUCAAAUUCGAUUCAGUACAACCAAAAAUUCUUUGAAACACCUGAAUUCCCAAUGGGGACGCAUCAACUUAUCGUCACAUACCUUGGAAACUCGUCAACGACACCUCUGUCUCUUGAGUACAUUGUCGUCCAGAAUGGGUCCUUUCCUUCUAGUUCGCCUUCGAGUGCUUCAUUGGCACCAACUACUACUGGUAACCAUACAAACGGCCCAAAGCCGGCGGUAUUGGGUCGCUCAAACAAUAUCGCUAAAGAAGUUGUCGGCGGAGUAGUCGGGGGAAUAGUGCUUAUUAUUCUUGCUAUCAUUGCUGUAAGUUAUUUUUGUCGCAGGGAUCGGAAGCAAAGCGCCAGACAUUUGUAUAACCAUGUGGGCCACGACUCGGAAAACGCUGUCGAGCCAUUCCAACUUGUUCCUAGCAUCCUGCCCGCUCCCACAAUCCACCCACAGAACCCGCUUGGCAUCCCAAAUACUGCGAGCGGUAAGACGAAACAUCGUCCUAUUCAACAUCGUCUUAUUCCCAAUCAGACCACUAAGAAACUGAAAUCCAUUUUUCCACCGCGCUUGAUUCCAGGCGGAAAUCCUCCUCCGACGGGAAGCAGUCAACAAGAGGUUUCAACCCUUCGCCAACAAAAUGUUACACAGCAAGUAAUGUCACCUCAACAAGAUAACACUAGGACUCGUUUGCCGCUUCGUACAAACAAUGGAGUGGUGGAAAUUCUUCCCACGUAUACUACAACUUGA